AUGGUUUCUUCGGCCAGGACAGCUUCAAGCCUGUUAUCCGACGAGGCGAGUUGGGAGGUGCCCUUCAUAUAUGGCACAGCGUGGAAGAAAGAGAAGUCCAAGCUGCUGGUGAAGACGGCGAUCGCGAAAGGGUUCCGCAAAGUGGACACCGCAGCCCAGCCUAAACAUUACCAAGAACCAUUGGUAGGAGAGGCGUUGAGAGAAUCGUUUGCGAGUGGGAUUCUGAAGCGGGAGGAACUCUAUUUGCAAACCAAGUACACCACAACUGCUGGACAAGACCUGAACAACAUGCCCUACGAUCCGUCAGCACCUUUAGAAGCGCAAAUCCAUGCCUCUGUCGCAUCAUCCCUUGAUAAUCUGCGACCAAAAGGCGAAUCGAAGGAAGAGAGCUACAUUGAUUGUCUGCUUCUGCAUUCGCCUCUACCGACGAUCGAACAGACACUUCAAGCCUGGAGAAUCUUGGAAUCAUACGUUCCUCACAAGAUCAAAGCACUCGGAAUCUCCAAUACCACCCUGCAAGUCCUCCAAACAAUUCACGAGAAUGCCACCAUCAAGCCGGCAGUGGUGCAAAACCGCUUCUAUCAGCAAACGCGAUACGACGUCCCACUUCGUUCAUUUUGCAACGAGAAUGGGAUUACCUAUCAAUCGUUCUGGACAUUGACAGGUAAUCCACGCCUACUUGGCAGUGGACCAAUCAAGACACUUUCUGGCUCUACUGGUGUUUCCGAUUCAGUGGCGCUUUAUGCUUUGGUUGUGGACCAGGGCAUUGUUGUAUUGAACGGCACGACUUCUGCUGUCCACAUGGAAGAAGACCUGAGCGGUAUACGACGUGUUCGUGAAUGGGCAAAAGCGCACGAGAAUGAAUGGUCACAGAUCAGUCAUGGUUUCAGGAACUCCAUUGACUCACAAGGCUUGUGA